ACUUUGAACGACGUGCUUCGGCACUUUUGACAGUUAGCAUUGUAGCUAGGUGUUGCUAGCUAGCUGAAAAUCUCCCGAUAAAAUGUCCAUAAAACAGUCUGCGCAAAGUUAAAACGACGGUGUGCCGAGAACUCAUCACUGUCCAAGGAUGUUUUCAUCCGUCUGGAAUUUUGUUAAACGCCACAAAAGGAAAUUAAUUUUCACCGGAGCUGUAGUUGGAGGACUAUACUUCCUGGGUAAAUAUGCGCAGAAGAAGAUUAGGGACAUCCAGGAGAAGGAGGCGACGGAGUACAUCGCUCAGGCCAGACGACAAUUCCACUUUGAAAGCAACCUGAGGACCUGCAACAUGACCGUGCUGUCCAUGCUCCCUCCACUGAAGGAAGCCAUCAUUAAUCAACUGAAUUCAGAAAGCCUCACUGCACUACUCAAGACCAAACCAGCCAACAAGCUGGAAAUCUGGGAUGACUUAAAAAUCAUCAGUUUCACUCGCACCAUCGUGGCGGUGUACAGCACCUGCAUGCUGGUGGUUCUGCUGAGAGUCCAGCUGAACAUCAUAGGAGGAUACCUGUACCUGGACAACUCUAUAGGCAAGAACACGACGACUCCCCUGGCUCCCCCAGACGUCCAGCAGCAGUACCUGUCUAGUAUUCAACAUCUACUGGGAGAUGGUUUGACAGAGUUGAUGACAGUAGUGAAGAAAGCUGUGCAGAACUCUCUGGGAGGCAUGUCUCUGAAGCAGAGCCUGUCUAUGCUGGAGUUGGAGCAGCAGUUGAGCUGGAUCAGGGCGGAGGUGGAGGCCGGCUCUGAGCGGCCGCUGUCCUGGUACAUGCUGGCUGACGACGAGAACGCGCUCGCUGACCAGGCGUGUGGGUUGACAGAAAACGACGCUGUGACCAUCAGACUGUUAAACGAGACUAGAGACAUGUUGGAAAGUCCAGACUUCACUACCGUCUUGAACACCUGUCUGAACCGGGGUUUCUCUCGUCUUCUUGACAACCUGGCCGAGUUCUUCCGCCCACCUCCCGGUGACUCCGCCCCCAGCUCUGCACCUGAUAGUCUGUCCGCAGUCAGUCUGCCGCUGGCGAAGAUCAUCCCCAUCAUCAACGGUCAGAUCAACACCAUCUGCAGCGAGACUCCCAGCCACUAUGUUCAGGACUUGCUGAUGAACGACCAGGUAAAGGAGUUUGCGGCCAACGUUUAUGAGACGUUCAGCACGCCGCAGGAGCUGCAGAAAUAAUCAGCCAAGCAUGAUGAGAAGAGGGAGAAUUCAAGAGGAAGAAAAGAGGGAUGGAAACAAAAAUUAUAUAAUUCCUGGACUGUUAAUCCCUCCUUUCUUUUCAUGAGACACUUUUCUCCCCCCGAAUCCUGCAGACUUUUCACUCUGAAAUGUCCGCAACGGGAGCAUCUGUGUCUCGUCUGUGAACGGCGCCAUUUUGGAUUAUUGAAGUGGUGGAAGAAGAAAAGGCUUGUGGUCGGUUUGUAGUCACAGCAGAAUCUGUAUUUAACACCAGGGGCCGCUGCACCUUGGGAAUUGCAGCCAUAUUUAACCUGAUAAUGCGGUGUUAUUUACCAUAAGGUGGGAAAACACACUGACACUGUCAAAGUGUGGUGAAGGAUCGGUCACUACUGUUCAGAGCUGCUCUCCACUUUUUCAAACAAGAGGAUACUGAAAUAUAUUCAGUUUAUUAUGUUGCAGAUUUUAGGAUGAUUUUCCACUUUCCAUCAGCAGUGGUGUUUUAUGUCUGGUCACGUUUCGAGCUGUUCGGUCUGCACAUCGGCAGGUUUUAGACAUCAGAAGAGUUUACAAAGAGUAAAGUUUUUUUUUUUUUCACAACUUAAUCGAGGUGGUAGAGAUGUGUGCGGGCUGAGGAAUACACGGUGGGGAUUUGUUUUCUGUUUUUGCUAAUAUUCAGUGAUUUUAUAUUUGACCAUUUUUGUAUUUUCUUGUCUUGAUGGUAGAAAAAAUGUGCAGCAAUUUGUGGGAUAACUUCAAACAAAAUGUUGUAUUAGCAAAACCGAUGUCACUGAUUCAUUUGAAAUUAAAUAUGUAGUCUUAACAGCAACUUAUCAGAGGUGGAGGACCUUUUUAAGUGGUCAAAAUCUUAUUUAAUAAAACACCAAUAUUAACAAAUUUGCAUCAGUCCAACUGCAGUUUUGUAGUUGCUCUUUUUCCACUCAAAAACAAGCCCUUCACUUCUUCUGGGGCAGAGUGGAAAUGUCACCCAUAAAUUGCAUACAGACUUAAAUGUUCUGAAAACAAGGAGCUCUGUUCUGAUAUCAGUCUAUUAAUCUCUGUUUUGGAGCAUUUAAUCCAGGUGUCUAACCUGGAGAACCUAUUUUCACAGUGUAAUUCCUUUUUUCCCCCAGAAGGUGUCACUCUUCUUCAGCUGGUGGAAGUAUCCCUCUGCGUUGUGAUCCUUUUAUCUUUCUUUAUAUGAAGAACUUUACUAAAAAGUAGAAACACAACACUAUUCCAGCCAUGAUCUGUGGGUCAGUAACGUUAAAUGACUUGCUCACGGACAUUCAGCUUACUUUCUAGUUUGCCAAGACAUGCUGUUGUUGGGAUGUCAGCUCUAGUAGCAGGAGAGGUUUGUGUGUCUGGAACUGGUUUGCUGGUUCUGGGUCCGUCUGGUCCUCUCUGCAACUGUAGCGACAGAUUGCUAACCCACAACUUGGCUAAAGUUAGUUAACAUUACUUUCUGUGUAGUUCGCUCUAUAUCAUGGUAUUAGUCAUGGAUCCUAAAAUGACUAAUAACAUCUAAAGUUUUAUUUAACUGUCUGUGAUCAGUAUUUGAGAGCCAAACAGCAUUGUCAUUAUUUUUCUCAUUGAUGGCGGAUGAUGCGUAGAGAAGUGUUUGACCCAUUUCUGUUUGUUUAACGUGUGUUUUCUCAUUUAAUUUGUACAUAAUGUGACUUCUUGAAAAGCUGAAAUGGUUUUUAGCGCCUUCUGUGUGUAAAAAACAAAAAAACAAAACAGCACUGUUAUCCAAAGCCAAGAUGUGAUGAGCUUUGUAAAUCAGGUGUGGUCAAUCGAGAGCUGAGCUUAACACACCUGAUUCAACUAAUCAGUUAUUGGUAGAGCAGAGAUGAGAAUAUGAAGCACUUGUAUUCCCUAGGAGUCAGUGAAAUGAGCUGAAUGCAGUUUUUAUUAUAUUAAAAUAAAAUAAUAUUAAUAAAAAAUAAAUGUUUUAUAAUAUUUAUUAUAUCACAAGUCAGAGUUUCAUCCAAGCAAACUGAUUUGUCAGUGAUGGGUUUUACUUGUGAAUUCUUUACCUUCAUUUACUCUAAAUCAUGUCAACUGUUUACUGUGAUUACAUCAUCCAGGUAUCUGUAAUCACAGUAGUACCCCCUCAGAGCAUUACUUUACUACUCUGACAAAUACUACUCAAGCUUUGAUUUGUCCCACCUCAGUGCCACACGGGCGGGGUUGGCUAAGUGUAAUGGAAAGUGGACAUUUUGUCUCCAACUGACAGUUCAUUCAUCCACCCAUCAGGAACUCCAUAACACAAUUAUAAGAAUUAAAAGUUGCAUUCAGCCCAUGUCAAAUGAUAAAAUAAUGAAGUAAAGCCAAGUUUGUAUAUCAUGAUUGAUGUCAGGAAACUGGAAAAUGGUUGUACAGCUUGGUGGCAUGUGGGAUUCACCAGAAACCAGCUUGUGGAGAGAAUGAAGUCCACCUCCUGAAGUCAUGUCUGUAGCUGAUUGUUUUGUCAGAGUUUCCUUGUCAGGAGAUGAGAAAACAUCAGGUGACAGUUCAAGUUUGUUCCUGGUCCCUGGAUUACAUAAUAAAAACAUGUCAUGUGACUCUGUAAAUCUCUGUAUGUGAUCAACGAUGUCAUGCCUUUUGAAACACAAUAUCCUGAAUGACAGCUGAAAUGUUGGUAGGAGGUGAAAUAAAAGUAAAAUGUGAUUUCAUA